AUGAAACACCUUCUUCCUCAAUUCCCUUCCAUCCUGGCCAUCUAUUGCUUCUGCCUGCUACAGAAUCUCUCUUCAGGAUAUCCUCAACCUUUAGAUGAUUCUCCAGAUCGCUUGGAUAUUGUGCAGCUUGAGCGACUGGCAUAUUGGGCAACUCUUUCUAGGCAACCUAAGGAUAAUCAAGGCAUGUACAAAAGGUUUUUAUUUCACUACUCCAGAACUCAGGAGCCAACACAUGCAGUUAAAACUGGGUUCCCUCCUGUGCACCCUUUAAUGCGCCUGGCUGCCAAACUCGCCAAUGGAAGGAUGAAAAGAUUUCUACAGCACGAUUCGAGGGUUGUGGCACUUGACUUUACCAAGAAGGAUCACGGUGCUACCUGGGGACGGCCAUUUUUUCUUUUCAGGCCAAGGAAUGGAAGAAACACUGAGGUUAACACCCAGUAG